UAACAGUUAAAGAAGCAAUGGCACGCUAACCGAGCACAUUAAAACAAAGAGUUGGCAGCUUCUGAAGGAAAAGGGCUUGUACUCCACUGUUCCAACUUGUCAGUCAACUCAUGCCAGCACUCUCCACGUCUGCCUCUUCUACACACCCUCAUUACAUGUGUCUGUCUGGACUGAUCUGCUCAUCUGUUCAGGGACUCUCCUGACAAGUCAAAAAUUCUGCCUUCUCUCUGCUCUGGAAUUGGAUCAAAUCACCUCAGCUUUUUUUGUAGCCCCACCAGGAGGCUUUUUGCUUAUGGUCUCAUUCUGUUUUCCUUCAAUACCUGUCUGUUUUUGAUUUCUAGAAUGGAGGAAGCCGAAUUGCUGAAAGAAAGAUUCCAGGCCAUAACAGACAAAAGAAAACUGCAAGAAGAAAUUACACAGAAACGUCUAAAAGUGGAAGAAGAAAAAAUGAAACACCAACAUUUAAAGAAAAAGGCCUUGCGAGAAAAAUGGCUCUUGGAUGGCCUUAGCUCUCUCACUCCAAAAGAGCAAGAAGAAAUGCAAAAGCAGAAUCGGGAAGACCAACAACGGACUCAUGAGCUGGAACAAGACAUUUUCAGACUGGAGAAGGAAAUUGAGGCUCUGGAAAGAGAGGAAAUGGAAGUCUCAGCUAAGGAAGAAGCAAUUUUAAAGAAACUUAAGUCUGUUGAGAAAACAACAGAAGACAUAAUAAAGUCUGUGAAGACUGAAAAAGCAGGAGUUGAAAAAGAGGCAGCAGACUACAUAUACACCAGCAUACCUGACCUUCCCAAGUAUUUCAGGCCUUCCGCACUGAAAAGCGCAGCACAUGCUGCCACCGAUGAUGAAGAAAAGAGAAAAGCAUUGUUUGCCAUGGAAAUUAAAGUUGAAAAAGACAUGAAGACAGGAGAAAACACAGUGUUAUCAACAAUACCUCUUCCCUCAAAGGAGUUUAAAGAGACAGGAAUUAAAGUCUAUGACGAUGGCAGGAAGUCAGUCUAUGCAGUGUCCUCAAAUGGCAGCACAACACAAAAUGGGAUGGAUGAACUUGCUCCUGUUGAGGUGGAGGACCUGCUACGGCAGGCAACUGAAAAAAAUUCCCAGUCUCCCACGGAGUAUCAUGAGCCUGUGUUUGCAAACAAAUUUUGCAGGCCAGUUACUCCUCAGAAAGAUAAAUUAGUCCCUGGACCAAAACUGGAAGACAUUCACAAAAGAGAGAUGAAUGGAUUUAGCAAUCAUCAGACAGAAUUCUCCUCCAAAACAGAGCCCUUCAUGCAGCAACGUAAAGAGAAUGGGCUUGACCUUCCAAAGGCAAUGCAGCCAAAGUCUCCCUCUCCAGUACUUUCCCAUUCAGAGAAGAAAGUGCACACUAAUCCUGAGAACAGGAUAAUACAUAAUGACGAAAGAAAACCUGCGCAUGAGGAAUUAAAACCUUACCAGAAUACAAGAGAAAGACAUAAUGAGACAAGGUUUUUAAGUCCCUGCCGUCUUAAUGAAACAUCCCCUGCACCUCAAGAUGAGGAAGAUGUUCAAUACAGCAUUGUCCAAGCUGUACCAUGUUACGUGGAUGAUUCGGAACCAGUAACAAUGAUUUUCAUGGGUUAUCAGCAUGUUGAUGAUGACGAUGCAGAAGCAGACCAAAAGUUGUCACGGUAUGAUGGGGUUAUCCGUGCAGAAUUAGUUAUCAUUGAUGAUGAUGAUGAAGAUGACAGCAAAUCUGAGAAACCAGCGUAUCAUCCCGUAGGCCACUAUAGUCAGGUUUAUCAGCCACCGAGCAAGAAAAUCAUAGAAAUCCCACAGACGAACCCUGUGAGUAGUCUGGGCGUGAGCCUGAACAAGGUAGCCCACAAAAAUUCCAUCUCCCUGCGAGAACAAGAGGAACGCUUAAGCUCACCAACACACCGUGCUCAUCUUCAUGGCCAGGUAUCUGGAGACGGUACCGAAGAUCCCUCACUAACAGCUCUGAGGAUGAGAAUGGCAAAGCUGGGGAAAAAGGUGAUUUAACAGCUGUAAUGACAUGGAAGUAAAAUUUGCUACUCAAAGCAGAAUAAAGCUAAGAAGAGUUUCUUCAACUAACGUUUUUUGGAUCAUAAUGCUUGUUUUGCUCCUCUGUUUUAUGCAUCCGGGUUAUUUUGCCCUCUGCAUAAUCCAAUGGACUUUAACAGACUUUUAGAUUUGACCAACUGCCACAUACACAAAAGUCAUAUCCUGGAUUUUGCUGAAAGUAGUGGAAAGUUACCUAAGACCAUAAAUGCAGUGUAUAUCCAAGUAUGAAGACAUGCGCGUACCUGUUCCCACAAUCAGGAAUACGGUGUUGCUAUAUACACAGAGCAGAUAAACACCUAUCUCCACGGAUCUUCACAGGACAUUGUUUCACUUCAAAGUGUGCCAAUCUACUUGAUUUUGAUUGAAAAUGCCAUCCCAGCAUUUUUCUGGUAAAAGCAUUGGUUAUUGAAAAACUAAACAUAAGAGAUAAGAGCGGGAAGAAGUGUAAAUAUAAAAGCUGGUUUCCAAGCAUACCACCUCGGCCAAAGUUUAAAGCAUUCCUUUUUAAGUUACAGCAAAACAAACCAAAAAUAGUAAAGUCAGCAUUUAAAUAUUUAGCUACCUUCUAGAGCUCCGCAGUCCUCCCACCCUUCUAUUUUAUGUAUGACAGUAUAGCCGUUCUCAGACCCUGCUCCCUUCCCCAUGCCACAUACAUGCUGCCCACCCAUAACCUCACAGAUCGAUCCUGUGCCUAACACUAUGAACAGCCUGAUGUCCCAAGCAAGGUUUCACCUCCCAGCUUGCUCGGAAAGCCCUGCUUUUUCAGGAAACUGGUUGCCAGACAGGCAGUGCCUGUCCAUCAAAAAAAAAAAAAAAAUACUGCUUAGUAUACAGGCUUCAGUUAGCCAGGGAGCUAAAAUUAAUGCAAGCCUCCCAUCAGAAAUACUGAGUUGCCAAUGUCUUGUCCUGCAGCUGCAACAGAAGGUCUGUUACAGGUGCAGCCACUGCUGGGCACAGCUCUCCAGCAAGGGCCAAGCCUCCCACCAAGGAACAGGUUAAUUCUUUCCACAUGAGGGAGGAGCCAAGGGCCCUUAAAGCAGCUAUAAAGUACAAUUACACCUAGAAAAAUCACAAGUCAGAUUUUUCCAGCACAUAGUUCUUGCAGGGAAAAAGUGCCUCACAGUACUACAUCCUUAUAUUCAAAUCAGUUUGAUAGCUUUAUUUUGCUAGGUCUUAGCCUAGUUUGAAUCACUGAACAGAUAAAGCUCAGGUUGUGUUAUUCCAGUAUAGCUGACUCAAAUUAUGCACCAGCAAAAAAACAACCAUAACUUUUUUGCUGGUCUUCCUCAUUUCAAAGCAGGAAACUGAAGCUACUACCUCAUACUGAGGCACGAUGGUAGUAAUCAGCUGACUUGUAGCCUCUAAACACUGGGUGGCUCCCAGUCUGAAGUGGGUAAAAAUCUCAAAUUCUAGGACUUGGGAGAUGGUUACCUGGAGACUGGAAUAGUAGAUAAGAACAAAUAAAUUUAACUAUAUUACACUUUC